AUGGAUGACACUCGUCUCAUCGUUGAGGUGGAAAAACAUAAAAUUCUGUAUGACCCGCAGAAUGUAUUGUACAAAGAUUUGAAUGCGAAGGAAAAGGCAUGUGAAGCAGUUUCGUCGGCUUUGUGUCGACAUCAGUGUGGAAAGAGUUUCUCAACCAAACAAUAUCUUGAGAUUCACAUGAGAGUUCAUACAGGAGAGAAGCCGUUCACAUGUGAUCAAUGUGGGAAGAGUUUUACAUCAAAACAAAGUCUUGAGAUUCAUAGUGCAGUUCAUACCGGAGAGAAGCUGUUCGAAUGUAAUGAAUGCGGCAAAACGUUUCGCUGGGCAUCAAACCUGAAGACACAUCUGAAAAUUCAUACAAAAGAGAAGCCAUAUUCAUGUUCUAUGUGUGGAAAAAGUUUUUCUCAGCUGCCAUAUUUAUAUCAACACGAGAAAAUACACACUGGUGUGAGAGAGUACGUGUGCUUUGAGUGUAAGAAGACUUUUACUACAGCAAACCAAUUAAAAGUGCACCAGAGAAUUCACACUGGAGAAAAACCUUACAAGUGUUCACACUGUGACAAGAGAUUCAGUCAGUCAUCAUCUCUGAAAACACAUGAGAAGAUCCACAACAGAGAAGCGGCACACGUGUGAUCAGUGUGGAAAGAGUUUCUCUUUUAAAAACCACCUGAAGAUACACAUGAAGAUCCAUGCAGUGGAGAAACCACAUCACCACCCAGCCAGCAAUGACAUGUGGGGCCCAGAUGAGGGCUUCAUGGGCAGCAAAUGUGGGCCCCAUUAUGGGCUUGCACCCGGGAUCCACAUUGGGGCAAGCCGUGGAAGCCCAGACGUACUAAAAGUGGGACCUGUAAGGGUACUGCAUGGGUCUUAAUUGGGCAAUUCAUGUCAGACCCAUUUGGGCCCCACCUGCCCAAAGGGGUCCAAAGUGGGCUUUGCAACAUGGCUACACAGAUGGGCUUUAAAUGGGA